GCUGUCAAUUGAAAAGCAGCAGCUCUGUAACAUUUCUUUUGGGUUAUGUGCUAUCCAUUCUUAUUAUUACUGAAUGAAAAUAAACAUUUAAUAUAUUAUUGAUAAAUAAGUGAAACGAAAUAAUGACGUCAUUAGUUAAACAGUUUGCACGCCUCAACAUUACACAAAGAAGUCUGUUACAGCAGUCAUGUAAACUUCUUUUGCCGGCCAGCCACAAUUUACAUACAUCAGAUGCUCUAAGCUCCAAAUGGAAUAAGGCGAAUCAUGGACCACGUAAAUGGUUGGAAUACAAUAAAACAGUGCAUCCACCACAAAAACCAGAUGAGGAACCCAGAAAAGCGUAUGUCUGCCAUAUGCGCACCAACAUUAAAUAUAGUCCCGACAAGAUGUGGUAUAUAGCUUCAUUUGUGCGUGGCAUGUCCGUGGAUGAGGCUGUGAAGCAAUUGAGUUUCGUGUUGAAAAAAGGCGCCACACAUGUCAAAGAGGUGAUAUUGGAGGCACAAGAAAUGGCUUGUAAGCAGCAUAAUGUGGAAUAUAAAAGUAAUUUAUGGGUUGCUGAAUCUUUUGUGGGUAAAGGACGUGUUUUUCGCGGUAUGCGUCGUCAUGCACGCGGACGUCAGGGCAUGGUUGAAUACAAGCACUGUCAUUAUUUCGUAAGACUAGAGGAAGGUGAGCCACCAAAGAAUUACUAUCUACCCGCGCAACAAACGCCAGAACAACAAUUGGAGAAAUGGAUCGAACAAAUGCGUAGCCGCAAAGUUAUCAAUUCGCUCUAAGUUAAAUUGUUUGAAUUUUACAUUAAAAAAAUGCAAUAAAAGCAGUUGUUUAAAUAUGUAAUACA